UGUUCCUGAAAAUGGGACCUUUUUUUCCCUCCCUGUCCGCAACUUUACCACCAUUGUUCCUGAAGUUCCCUUAUCCUUUGGGAAGAUAAGAAAAUGGUAGGCGCUGUUUCAGUAAACCCAGCAAGCACCAUUUUAUCAUCUUUGACAUAUAGUCGAAAACUUGGAAACAGGUUCUUUUUAGGUAACAAACCAAGGACAGUAUCAAUGUCUCUCAAAAACGAAAAUCGUAAUAAAAAGCAGCUAGAAGUGAGUACGGGAGCAGCUGAAAGGCUGUAUCUCGGGUUAGACUUUGGUACUUCUGGUGCAAGGUUUGCUAUUAUUGACAUUGGUGGUACAAUUCAAGCCGAGGCGAAGCGACCCUAUCCGUUAUACUUGAAUGGAGAGUCACAUGAUUGGGUACGCUCAUGGAAGGAGACACUUUUUUCGUUGCUUGAAGAUAUCCCACUUAACCUUCGCAAAGACAUUGUGUCGAUUUCUAUUGAUGGCACAUCUGCAACUACUAUCAUUGUUGACAGUGACACAGGAGAACCGUUGUGGAGACCUUUACUUUACAAUGAGAGCUGUCCUGAUGCACUACCUGCUGUAAAAUCCAUUGCACCUCCAAACCAUACAGUAUGCUCUGCAUCGUCGACUUUGUGUAAGCUCGUCUCAUGGUGGAAUCGUGAUGGUUCAAACAAAAAAUCUGCUCUGUUAUUGCACCAAGCAGAUUGGCUUUUGUGGCUUCUUCAUGGAAAGCUUGGAGUUUCAGAUUAUAAUAAUGCUCUGAAGGUUGGGUAUGAUCCUGAAGUGGACUCAUAUCCAUCAUGGCUAGUUUCUCAACCAUAUUCUCAUCUUUUACCGUCCAUUCUUGCACCUGGAACUCCAAUUGCUUGUUUAAAGGAGGAACUUAGCAAUAAAUUUGGUUUUCAAAAGGAGUGUGUUGUAUGCACCGGAACCACUGACAGUAUAGCUGCGUUUCUUGCAGCUCGUGCUACUCAACCCGGAAAAGCUGUUACAUCAUUGGGUUCAACACUUGCUAUUAAACUAUUAAGCAACACAAGAAUUGAGGAUUCUCGGUUUGGGGUGUAUAGUCAUCGCCUUGAUGAUAAAUGGCUUGUUGGUGGUGCUUCAAACACUGGCGGAGUUGUUCUUAGACAGCUUUUCACCGAUGAUCAACUAGAGAAACUGAGUGAACAAAUCAAUCCCUCACAAAUAUCUUCCUUGGACUACUAUCCUCUGCCAAAAGCUGGUGAAAGAUUUCCAGUUGCAGAUCCAGAUUUGGUUCCAAGGCUACUUCCACGUCCAGAAAAUGAUGUUGAAUACUUGCAUGGAAUUUUGGAAUCCAUUGCACGUAUAGAGGCAAAGGGAUAUGGCUUGCUAAAGGAUCUAGGUGCAACCGCAGUGGAUCAAGUUUUCACAGCCGGUGGAGGAGCGAAAAAUGAGAAGUGGACAAAGAUACGGGAAAGGGUGCUUGGUUUACAUGUGAGUCGUGCAAACCAAACGGAAGCUGCAUAUGGAACUGCAUUGCUGGCAAUAAAGGGUGAUCAACAAAAUAUUUUGUGACCAACUUAAGGGCAAAUGCACCAUUGUCGCAGUAGUAAUAAAAUUUAUGAUGGAAGUCCUACAUAUAGAUUAAAGCAGUAACUAUCACACUAGUCAAAUUUCUAUGUUAUUUGGACAAAUGAAUAUCAAGAACUUAUAAAUUUUGAAAAUGUCUUUCAUUUGAUGAUGAACUUGGAAUAACCGAGAGUAAGUUAGAACAAGAAAAAGAUUCAAUAAUGAGAAACUUGAGGUGUCUAGUUUCACCUAUGCAAA